CCAAUCGAUAUCAGUUCCUAGUGUUCGCUUACUAAGUCGCACACACAAAUUCUCCUUUCUUAAAUUAAAUUAAAUUGCACAAUUCGAAAAAAUUAUCGCGAGUCUUUGAUUGAAAAAAAUUUUAUCCUCGAAAAACUAAACGAUUUAAAAACUUCUUCAACUCCUACUUGUGUAUCAACUGCAAAAACAAAGUAACAAAAUGGCCAAAUUCCAAAUUGUCGUACUGUGCGCCGUGCUCGCCUUCAUCGCCUGCAUUGCCAGCACCGAAGCUGAACCACAACAACGUGGCCAACGCGUUUAUUACCGUCCGGCAGCGGCGCGCUACCAACGUCCACGUACUCGCUAUCUGGCGCGUCAAGAGGAAGCCGACGCCGCACCCGAGGCACCAGCAGUUACGCCAUAUCCAUCUGCUGAUGAGCUGAAACCAGCUGUGCCCUUCGAUGAAGGCGCGCCCGCCACCAACAUUCCCGACGAGGUCUACGGCCCACCAGAGGCCAACCAGCCCGAUGAGGUAUACGGUCCACCAGAGGUCUCCGGCAACGAUUUGCCCGCCGAUGGCGACCUCGCGCCUGUCGACGAUGUGCCCGCUGCCGACCCAGCUGCCGAAAGUUUCCCCGCUCCUUUGGACGAGCAACAGGCGCGCCUGGUCGCUGCUCGUCGCGCCGCUGCGCUGCGCCAGCGUCAACGCAAAGCGGCUGCUUACCGUCAAGCCUUGGCUGCCCGCGCUGCCGCGCGCCCCCUGAAAUACACGGCUGUUGCCCAGCGCCGCCAUUGAGUUGCAGGUAUGACGCACGAGUGUGAGUGCUGCAGAAGCGCUGCAGAAAGUUGUAAAUUUUUGGAAAAAUAGAAAAAUUUUACAAACCUUUUAUGCUGCAUUAAAAAAAACAACAACAAGAAAAAAAUUAAAGUGUGCUACCACUGUAAUAAACUAGUAUGUAUGUAUGUAUGUGUGUAAUAUAAGCUAAAGCUGCGCGUGAAGCGCGGCGCACCAAAAAAUAGAUAGAAGGAAUCUACAAACAAGGACCACCACCCAGGCGAUAUAACGAUGACAUCACAAGAUUUUUAACAUUUAAUGUACUUGUAAUUUUAACCCUGUAAACUGUACUGAAAAUAAAAGUUUUCUUGCAAAAAAA